CGCGGGAAACAAAAAUGGCGAGGGGCUACGAUGGAGCCGGGCUGUCUGUGAAGCGGGUUUGACCUCUCCCCCACUACCUUUCCUCUGCCGCGCCGCGGGGGUUCGUGCUCGGAGGGGUCCCGCUACACGCCGAGGGUUCGGCUGCACCGGUGCGCCGCGGGGAGGCUCCUGAGCUCGCCGAUUUCCCUUGUAUAAGGCGCUUGGCACCACUGGAGAGACCGAAUGAGAGACUCUACAGCAGUGGGUAACUCACUGGUCCAUAAGCGGUCUCCUUUACGCCGAAGCCAUAAAACCUCAGCAUCUCUGACCAAGCUGUCAUUACAUGAUGGACAGAAAACCAAAAAGCCACUGUGUAAAUUUGAAGAAGGUCAGGAUGUCCUAGCUAGAUGGUCAGAUGGCUUGUUUUAUCUUGGAACUAUCAAAAAGAUAAACAAACUAAAACAGAACUGCUUCAUUAUAUUUGAAGACAGCUCCAAAUCCUGGGUUCUCUGGAAGGACAUACAAACAGGAGCCUCUGAAGGUGGGGAAAUGGUCUGUACAAUAUGUCAGGAAGAGUAUUCAGAAGCACCAAAUGAAAUGGUUAUAUGUGAUAAAUGUGGUCAAGGGUAUCAUCAGCUGUGUCACACACCAAAUAUUGAUUCCAGCGUGAUUGAUUCAGAUGAUAAAUGGCUCUGUCGACAGUGUGUGUUUGCAACUACUACUAAGAGGGGUGGUGCGCUUAAGAAAGGACCAAAUGCCAAAGCACUGCAAGUCAUGAAACAAACAUUACCAUAUAAUGCAGCAGACCUUGAGUGGGAUGCAGGGCAUAAAACCAAUGUCCAGCAGUGUUACUGCUAUUGUGGAGGACCUGGAGACUGGUAUCUAAAGAUGUUGCAGUGCUGCAAAUGUAAGCAGUGGUUUCAUGAGGCGUGUGUGCAGUGCCUCCAAAAGCCAAUGCUUUUUGGUGACAGGUUUUAUACGUUCAUUUGCUCAGUUUGCAGUUCUGGACCAGAAUACCUCAAACGUUUACCCUUGAGAUGGGUAGAUAUAGCACAUCUAUGCCUUUACAACCUAAGUGUUAUUCAUAAGAAGAAAUACUUUGACUCGGAGCUUGAACUCAUGGCCUACAUUAAUGAAAACUGGGAUAGAUUGCAUCCUGGUGAGCUGGCAGAUACACCAAAAUCUGAAAGAUAUGAGCAUGUACUGGAGGCAUUAAAUGAUUACAAGACCAUGUUUAUGUCUGGAAAAGAAAUAAAGAAAAAGAAGCAUUUGUUUGGCUUGAGAAUUCGUGUUCCUCCUGUGCCACCGAAUGCUGCUUUAAAGGCUGAGAAAGAACCAGAAGGAACUUCUCAUGAGUUCAAAAUUAAAGGCAGAAAAUCGUCUAAGCCAUCAAUUCCUGAUGUGAGGGAAUUAAGUAAUGGUAUAAAAAGAAAGGGGAAAAAAAAAUCAGUAGGUCGUCCACCUGGUCCCUAUACAAGAAAAACGAUUCACAAAACUCCAGAGUCGUCUCCUCUGGAUAAUGAACCACUUCCGGUAACGGAGAACCCAGUCUUGGAAUUACCCUGCUGUGUUGGGAAAUCUGAUGGAACUGCACAUUCUUCCAAUACCUCAGAUGUGGAAUCCACAGGUGCUGCCAGUAUGAAAGAAACUACCUCAUCUAAUAUUUCCAGACAUUAUAGUUUAUCUGAUUCGAGAAAAAGGACUCGUACGGGAAGAACUUGGCCUGCUGCAAUACCACACUUGAGGAGAAGAGGUCGCUUUCCACGAAAAGCACUCCAGACUCAAAACUCAGAAAUUGCAAAAGAUGACGAGAAUAAGGAAGAUUACCAGUAUGAUGAACUCAAUACAGAGAUACUUAACAACUUAGCAGAUCAGGAGUUACAGCUUAAUCACCUAAAGAACUCGAUUACUAGCUAUUUCGGUGCAGCAGGUAGAAUAGCUUGUGGGGAAAAAUACCGUGUUUUGGCUCGUCGGGUGACACUUGAUGGAAAGGUGCAGUAUCUGGUGGAGUGGGAAGGAGCAACUGCAUCCUGACUGUAGGACUGAACAUUAUCUUCACUGCACUGUCAUAUGUAAGUACUGUUCAUAAUGCAGAGCCACAAGAGAAACGUGUCUUUAAAAUGUGUUUCUAAAAACAAAACCAGUUUAGCCUUAACAUGUAAUUAUUAUCAUUACAGCUCUUGUUAUAAAGACUUAUCUUUUUAAAAUCUGAUCUGAAACUUAAAUUUUUAAUCUGAACACUGUUAGACUGUUUUAGCUUGGGAUAUUUUGGGUUACAAUUGCUGAAAAAUGUGCAUGGUGUUUUUUAAAAAAAAAGAAAGAUACAUUUUCUAGAGAACAUUCCAUGGAUACAGUUAUUGUGAUUUAGAGAAAAUACUAUGUAGAUAGCACAAAUCUUUGGAAAAAUCUUUGUUUUGUUUUCUUACCCAAAUGUUUGCAGAAAUGUAUUUCUAUUUCAAUACCUUCUAGAUUUCAUAAGUGCAGUGUAUAUAAUGCCUACUGAAGACUGUAAAAUACUGAAGUUUUCUUUCAAAGUGUAAAAGAAAAAAAAAAAAAAAGACAAAAUAUAUUGAGUCUGUAAAUUGCUCUGUGACCAGACUUCAUUGUCGUCUUAAUAUAUUCUUUGUGUGUGUGUGCUCACGUGUGUGCAUAUAUACAUAUGUAUUUAUGCACACAUAUACUUGUGCGUGUAUAUAUGUGUGUGGUUGUGACCUAUGCAAUACAGAUUAUGGGAUUGGGCAGUUUGAGAAUACAUCCCAUAAUUCUUUUUUUCAGGAAUAGUUGCCAGUAUUUACACAACAGCAUUUCUUCUCAGGCUUAUUGGAUGCUGUUGCUUUCUACAUAUACUAAAGAGAAGUGUCAAAUCAGUGCAGCAUGUUCUGGCAAUGGGUGCAGUCAUUGACGUUCAUGAGCUCUAGGUAAUACAUUCUGUUGUUUUCCAUGUGACUUAACUGUUACGAAACGAUGGAAGAAUCCAAACAUUUGGAAAUUAACUCUCUGAUUGUAAGCUCUGUCCCAGUUAUAAACUAAUCUGAACAGGAUACACACAUAAGAUUCCUACGUAACUGUUUUAAUAAAUAUAGUAUGAACAAAGUGUGUUAUUGCACAGGGUCAACAAACAGUUUGUUGCCAUUUGAAGUAACAUUAACGAUUUUAUUGCAACAUUACCUCUUUUGUUUUUAUAAAAUGUACCAAGUUCUAAGUUUCUAAGUU